AGAUGGAUAAAAUGAUGUUUGGAAAGACACACAGCUUAUUUAUCAGUUGAAAAGAUCAACUUGCCGCAUUGGAUUCAAAGUUGUUGUUUUUUCUAUCUAGUAAUGGAAAAAGACCCAAACUGGAAAAUGGAAUACAGACUGGAGUUAAUGGUGCUUCUUGUUUUGUUGAUAACAGCUUCAUCUAUCGCCCUGAGCAGAAAAGAUACCACAGAAGCCAUGGUUUACUUAAAGAAGUAUGGCUACCUGCACAUCCCACUGGACAGUAAAGUUCAAGAUUAUUCACAUGAGCAAAUGGCGGAAGCUUUAAGAAUGUUUCAGAAAGUGACCAACCUGCAGGUAUCAGGAAAACUGGAUUUAGCCACGCUGGCAAUGAUGAAUAAACCUCGAUGUGGCCUCGAGGAUUCUUUCGAUAACAAAUCUCUCAAAUAUCGAGUCCUGGGUUACUGGCGUAAGAAAAUGCUGACGUACCGCAUUUACAAUUACACUCCUGAUCUGGGUCAGGGAAAGACUCGCAUGGCCAUCCAGAAUGCUUUUAAGUACUGGAGUGAUGUGUCACCUUUAAGGUUCAGAGAGUUGGAUCAAGGAAGAGCAGACAUCAAAAUCUCAUUUCACAGAAAAGACAAGACGUGUCCAGUACCCUUUGAUGGCCGAGGCCGUGUUUUAGCGCAUGCUGAUGCCCCUGAGUCUGGCAUUGUGCACUUCGAUGAGGAUGAACUGUGGACAGAAGGGAAGAGUUCUGGCUCCAACCUGAGGAUUGUAGCAGCUCAUGAAAUUGGCCACGCUCUAGGCCUGGGCCACUCACAGUACUACAAUGCACUGAUGGGACCUGUUUACAAUGGAUACCGCUCUGACUUCAAGCUUCAUCCAGAUGACAUACAAGGGAUCCAAGCUUUAUACGGAAAGCCAGAGAAGAUUCCUGAAUCCAGAAAUCCAGGACAGUCAAGGCCAGGAGGUGUUAUUCCAAAUCCAUGCAAGGCCACUGUGGAUGCAGUUAUGUUGGGUCCUUUGCGUAAGACAUACUUUUUCAGUGGGCAGUAUGUGUGGACAGUGUCCAACUCUGACUACAACACUCCCAUCCAGAUUUCCGCACUGUGGAAGGAGCUGCCAGGAAGUCUCAGUGCAGCUGUUCACUCUCCGCGAACUGGCAAAUCCUACUUUCUGAAAGGAGACAAAUUAUGGAGAUACACAGGCUUCAAACUUGACCAGGGCUUCCCCAAACGUUUGUCCAACAUCCCUGCAAAUAUUGACUCUGCUUUUUACUUCAAUAAGAACCAGAAGAUUAUCUUUUUCAAAGGCUCUGGAUACUGGCAAUGGGAUGAAAUUGCUCCGACGGAUUUCAAAUCAUACCCUAAACCAGUUGGACAACUCUUCAAAGGGAUGCCCAGCAACACUGAUGCUGCACUAACGUGGACUAAUGGUUAUGUAUACAUAUUUAAAGGCACCGAGUAUUGGCGUGUAAACCAAAACUACCAAGCAGUGGAGAAGACCUACCCUCUCAACACUGCCUUGCGCUGGAUGCAGUGUGACGACUGAGCCACCAG